AUGGUCCUCAGACACGUUCAAGCCUUAAAAAAGCACGUGCGGUGCUUUUUAAGUCUGGUGUCAUCGCUGGGACAGAACGUGGCACAACGUGGCACAGGCCCCGCCCCCGUCGUACGCCACGCCCCCUCGGGGGCGCUCCCGUUCCCAUGGCGACGCGGCACCAAGCCGGGUCAGCCCCGGCCAGUGAGUGGGCGUGCUGUGGUGGCUGCGGAGGCGGCAGCAAACGGCAUGAGCGGGGCGCGUCCCAUCAGCUCGGCGACCCCGGGCUCCCGGGGCACGUCGCGCCCACGCCAGCGAGUCCCCGCGGGCCUGCAGCGGGGGACGCCACCCGCGCAGCUCGGGCUCAGCGAGGCGCAGAAGCGGGUCCUAGACCUCGAGAAGAGCCUGCAGUUCCUGCAGCAGCAGCACUCGGAGACUCUGGUAAAGCUCCACGAGGAGAUCGAACACCUGAAGCGGGAAAACAAGGAUCUCCACUACAAGUUAAUAAUGAAUCAGGAGCCGCAGAAGAAAGGCAGCAUCUCCACAUCAAGCUUUCAGUCCAGCAAGUCCAUCUCCAAUUCUACAGUGUCGGCCAACUCUAAAAUCAAGAUCAAGCCCCAGCCUGGCUCCUUCAAGAAGCGAGAGUCAAAAGCCGAUACUGCACAGAAGACGAACACGGAAGAGCAUCCCCUCAGUAGCGCCCUGUUUCACAAUAAGCUGGACAGAGUCCUUGGGGCACAGACGCAGGCCAAAGAGGAGGACGUAGAGACUUCUAAUUCAGGGGCCUCCUUGGUGGGAGUCAGCCAGCACAAGGGCAGGCAAACGACAGGGGCGGCUCCGUUGGCGGGCCUGCCUCCGCAGCUGCGCAAGCUCACCACGGUGCAGCAGUGCGAGGUGAUCAUCCGGCAGCUGUGGAAUGCCAACCUCCUGCAGGCCCAAGAGCUGCAGCACCUCAAGUCCCUCCUGGAGGCACAUCAGAGGUCCAAGGCUGCUGCUGAGGCUGGACCUGGAUCUCCCAAGGACCAGGAGGCCACGCAGUUUCCCAAGGUCUCUACCAAGAGCAUUUCUAAGAAGUGCCUGAUUCUGGGCCCAAUGCCCGCGGCAGAACGCGCCAUUCUGCCCGCACUGAAGCAGAGUCUGAAGAGCAGUUUCGCAGAGCGGCAGAAGCGUCUGCAGGUGGUGCAGAGCCAGCGCCUGCACCGCUCCGUGCUCUGAGCCUGGGACCCCGCAGCGUCUUUCCACUCAUCUCACACGAGUUCUCCCACCU